AUGACCAUCACGUACACCGACCAGGUCGCCACGUGCCGUGGUCUGGGAUGUUUUUGGAAAUUACUUUUUCGUUGGAAAGGUAGCAUUUACAAACUGCUGUGGCCCAAUCUGAUAUUAUUCACGAUAUGCUAUUUUUCGUUGAGUCUUACAUACAGAAUAAUAUUAACACAAUCACAAAGAGAUCUUUUUGAAAAAAUAUCAUUGCACUGUCAAAUGUACGCCAAUCUGAUCCCUGUGUCAUUUGUGUUGGGGUUUUACGUAGCAGUUGUCGUUGGUCGAUGGUGGAAUCAGUACCUAAGUAUACCAUGGCCGGAUUCCCUGGCUUUGUAUGUCAGCACUUUAAUUAUUGGACAAAACGAACGCUCUCGACUAAUAAGAAGAACAAUAAUGCGAUAUGCCAACCUGUGCAUACUUAUGACUUUGACAAUGAUUUGUCCGGCAGUGAAAAAGAGAUUUCCGACAAUGGAUCAUUUGGUGGAGUCGGGAUUUUUAAUGCCAGACGAAAAGGCACUACUCGAGUCAAUGGACAGCAAAACUAGUCACCCAAAUUAUUGGAUGCCACUAGUAUGGGCCGCUACAAUUGUGACACAAGCCAAAAAGGAGGGAUGUAUCACGAAUGAGUUUUCAAUAAAAACAUUGAUUGAUGAGAUAGACAAGAUCAGGUCGAAUUGCGGUAGCUUGCUAAGCUACGAUUGGAUUAGUGUGCCACUAGUUUACACCCAAGUAACGACAUUAGCUGUGUAUGUUUAUUUUGUUGCUUCGUUAAUGGGAAAUCAGUAUUUGGAUCCGCGCAAAGGGUAUCCGACGCAUCCAAUUGAUUUAGUCGUCCCAAUAUUCACGUUUUUGCAAUUUUUCUUCUACAUGGGCUGGUUAAUGGUAGCAGAAACUUUGGUGAACCCGUUUGGCGAAGACGACGAUGAUUUUGAUGUGAACUGGCUCAUCGAUAGAAACUUACAGGUAUCGUAUAUAAUUGUAGACGAAAUGCAUCAAGAGUAUCCGAAAAUGGUGAAAGAUCAAUAUUGGAACGAAAUAUUCCCAUCGGAAUUGCCCUACACAGAGGAAACUAAACACCUUCAGAUAACUCCGUUUUUAGGAUCAGCUCAGGCCAUUGAAGCGCGAACUGAGUAUAAUGACAAAAAACCCACAGUUACCAGCUUAGAUGAAAAAAUGGUCACUGUUCAGGAAACAAAUGAUAAACCGAAAAUAAACACUGAAUUUUCAAACAACGCGAUGUCUUCGUUAGGGAAGGAAUAUCAUAAAAACGUUUACAUACAUGAUGAUUAUUACAAUAAUUUUUCAGGUAAAGAAAAAAUCAACCAAGAACAACGUGCAAAUUAUUUUGGGGAAUCACUAAUUUCGUUGACGGAUUACAGUCGUUUGCAACGAUUACAGAGCACAUCAACUCAAACCCAAUAUAUCUCGAGGUCUACGCCAUAUUCGGUGGCGAGUAGUUGUAGCGAUGAUGAGAGUGACCAAGAGUAUCAAAUAUAA